GUGGGCGGUCCCUCACCGGCUUUGCUCUGAUUGGUUGAGCAUCCCCUGCUUCUUUUCCUCAUCACUGAACCCAUUGAAGGGUCAGCUAAUGCUGAAGCUGCUACUAGUGCCUUACCAACGCUGCACAUACCACACGAUGGCAUCACUUUCACAGACAAAGGAACUCUUCAGGAGAGCAGACGCUGUCUGUUUCGAUGUGGACAGCACAGUGAUCAAAGAAGAAGGCAUAGAUGAGCUUGCCAAAUUUUGUGGUGUUGGGGAUGCAGUCACUGAAAUGACUCGCAAAGCCAUGGGUGGCUCAAUGACAUUUAAAACCGCCUUGACAGAGCGCCUCUCCAUCAUCCGGUGCUCCAGAGAACAAGUGAACAAACUUAUCACAGAUCACCCACCUCAGCUGACUCCAGGUAUCAGGGAGCUGGUGGAUCGCCUGCAUCAGCGCAAUAUAAAGGUUUUCCUCAUCUCAGGCGGCUUCCGCUGCAUUGUUGAACAUGUGGCCACUCAGCUAAACAUUCCUCUUCAUCAUGUCUACGCUAACCGACUCAAGUUCUACUUCAAUGGAGAGUAUGCUGGUUUUGAUGAGAGUCAGCCCACAGCUGAGAGUGGUGGAAAGGGAAAGGUGAUCAGCAUGCUGAAGGAGCAGUACGGCUUUAAAACAAUGGUGAUGAUCGGAGAUGGAGCCACAGAUCUAGAGGCCUCUCCCCCUGCGAGUGCUUUCAUUGGCUUCGGAGGGAACGUCAUCAGGCCACAGGUGAAGGAGAGGUCUACGUGGUACGUCACAAGUUUUGGGGAGCUGUUAAAGGAACUGGAAAAGAUCUAAGUGUCCUCAGAGAGUACUGUACUUAUUUUUAACCUUUUUAUUAUUGCACCCAAGGGUGUGCACCUAAUGGUUUUAUCCAGUGCACAUUUUUUCCUUUAACUCUGAAUAGAAUUUUAUAAUGAAUGAAAAUGUUUACACUAGUGACCAAUUAUACCUUCAAGGGGAUGUCACCCUGUUGAUUUUCAGUGUAGAGGAUACUAAACAAAUAACCAAACACUGUCUGUGUGUGGGUUAACAAUAUGAUUUUAGAUGUUUUUUUGCACCUUGUCCAUCAAAGUCUUUAGUCAAGCUAAUACAAUGUCUUCAUAUUUUGGCAAGUGCAAUGAGCAGUAGAGAUGUUUUCACUCUGUAUGGAUGCUAAGAGCUGUAACGUUACACAUCACCACAUGAGUGUGUAGGCAUUAAACAGACAAACAUGCUAUCAAAAGA